AUGAUGAAAGCAGAGCCCAGUAUGUGUUCCCGGCCGUUACCUUUGCCCAGGACAGCGGGGGGACACGGGCUGGGCGAGUCCCGUCCCGGUGUUGCGGACGGCAGCGGCUGGGUCCGGGAGGCCCAGAACUGCUCCCGCGAAUCGAGGGCCCUGCCCGGCCCCGGCUGCCGGGGGACAGACCGCCGCCUAUCGCCGGGGUCGGCAGGCACCGGUACCUCCUCCUUCCCCGCCGGGACUGGGCCGGGACCCCUCCACGUCACUAAAAGCAGCCAAGGGUCGCGGUCCCGCUUACGGAGCAGCUACGGCGGCAGCGCGAACACUCACCGGGAGCGCGGCGCGGGGCCCGCGGCGGAGCCGUGCCCAGCCCAGCCCGCCGGGGCGAGGCCGCCCAGCGAGACUCCGCUGGAGGCGCGAGGAGCGCGGCCGCCGCCGACCAGGGAAACGUCAGCACUGGCCGUCGCCCCACAGGCCCCCGUUGGCUUCCGUUUCCGGGACGUGCGCGAGCCCGCUGCGUCGUUAAGGAGGCAGCGUGUAUACGUCCCGUCCGCACCCGGCGCGGCACAGGCGGGAAUUGCUCCGCGCCACCUUAAGGCGGGGCAGGGAGAGCGGAGCUCCUCCCCCGCGGCCGCGCCGUCCGCGGCGGGAGGGGCCGGGCGCGGCGCCAAGCGGCGGCGCGAGCACGCGCCGGGAGAGGGCGCCGAGGGGCGGGGCCGAGCGUGCCGGGUGGGAGGGCGGCGCUUCUCCCGCGGCGCGCACGUGCGUGAGGCGGCGCGCGUGGCGCCCCCCCGCGGCGGCGGCGCGAUGGAGCUGGAGGCGGCGCGGCGCGCGGUGCUGGCGGCCGUGCGGGGCACGCGCGCCGCCGACCUGCCGCGCCUGCUGCACUGGAUGCGCAACUCCCAUGACUUUGAUGAGCUUGUGGUGAGUAACAAUGAUGUUGUGCUCAGAAAUAUUGCUGAAGAUUUGCGGAAUCGUUUACCCAUCGAGGCAAUGUUUACUUCGGAACAUCAAGCUGUUCAGAAAAUACACCAGCAUCCACUGCCCAUGAUUCAUGUUGAUGCAUUCCUUUAUGAUGAUGAUGUUGUUGAUUCAUUAUGUGAGGAGGGGAAAAUGAGUAGGAGCUACUGCACAGAGUGUGGCUCAUACAAAACUGCAUCUUUAGAGUUUAUUUCGCAUUCCUUUUCCCUCAUGGAACUGAAGUUUCUUUAUCAACAUGUACUGCCUGACCUGACAGGAAAGGUAGUGGUUGACGUUGGCUCCAGGCUUGGUGCAGUGCUAUUUGCGGGUUAUCUUUAUAGCUCAGCUUCCCAGCUGUAUGGAGUAGAAAUGAAUGCAGACUUUUGCCAGUUGCAAGAAAUGAUGAUUACAAAGUAUGAGUUCAUUGACAGAAUAAAGGUGGUUCAUGCAGACAUCUGUACUCAGCCCUCACUUCUGCAGAAGGCUGAUGUUGUUGUAAUGAAUAAUGUCUUUGAAUAUUUUCUUGACAGACAGGAACAGGCCAGAGCUUGGGAAUUUAUUGCUUGUAAUGUAAGGAAAAGUGGGUCCUUAUUAGUGACAGUUCCAAGUCUUGAGGAAUCACUUUCAAAGCUCCAGGCAGAUGUACAGCUCAAUCAAUGGGUUGAAGAGGUGCAGCUGAACUAUGAUGUGUAUAUGGAGAAGGAUAUUGACAGAGAAGCGCUUGAACAGAUACAUUUAUACAAGAUUCUCUAGUACCCAGAAAAGUUUACUAGUAUCCUUAUGAUUUAUAUUUUGGGCCUAAAAUUAACUUGGAUUGAUUUGUGUGAAUAAAUCAGGUCAAAAUUCA